AUCUUAGUUUGCCAGUUGUACAACAACUGGGAAGAACCAACUGUGCUCCUGAAUUUCAAAUGUUCCUCUACACAUUCGCACUCUUCUGGUUGGCGGUGGCGUUUGCGAUCCGGUACGUCUACACGUACUGGGAUCGCCAAGGACUACCGAGCUUGAAACCGCACAUCCCAUUUGGCAAUCUGAAGAAGGUCGCCAAGAAGACGGAGUCCUUCGGUGUAGCCGUCUGCGAGUUGUAUUGGCAAACGAAGGAUCAACUGGUCGGAAUCUAUCUGUUCUUCCGACCGGCCAUCCUGAUUCGCGAUGCACACCUAGCGCAGCGGAUUAUGACGACAGAUUUCAACUAUUUCCACGAUCGAGGCGUAUACUGCAACGAGCAAGGGGAUCCCUUUUCCGCGAACCUGUUUGCUCUUCCGGGGAAACAGUGGCGCAAUUUGAGAAACAAGUUCACGCCCCUGUUCACCGGUGGACAACUUCGCAACAUGAUGCCAACGAUUUUGCACGUUGGUAGCAAGCUGCAGAAGUUUCUCGAACCGAUUGCUGAGCGGAAAGAAGUGUUGGAAAUUCGUGAAGUAGUGUCGCGGUGCGUGCUGGAGAUUAUUGCCACGGUGUUUUUCGGAUUUGAAGCGAACUGUUUGAACGAUCGGGAUGAUUCGUUCAGUAAGGUCCUCCGGGAGUUUCAAGUUGAAAAUUUUUCGAACAAUUUCCGAGCGGCUGCGGUAUUCGUCUGUCCUGAGCUGUUGAAGGUGACACGAGUUUCAUCGCUGAGCCCGGAAAUGAUUAAGUUUGUGACGGACAUAGUAACGGAGCAGAUCAAUUAUCGAGAGAAGAACAACGUGAUCAGGAAGGAUUUCAUUCAGCUCUUGAUUGAUCUUCGUCGAGAAGAUAAGAAUAAUAACGAAGUAGCGUUGAAUUUGGGUCAGUGUGCAGCAAAUGUGUUCCUGUUCUAUGUGGCUGGGUCGGAUACCUCAACGAGUGCGAUAACUUUCACACUGCAUGAGCUAAGCCAACAUCCGGAAACGAUGCAGAAGUUGCAGGAGGAAAUUGAUGAAAUGGUGGUGAAAAGCAAUGGCGAACUUACUUAUGAUGGUAUCAAAGCGAUGCCGUACCUGGAUUUGUGCGUCAAGGAAACAUUGCGGAAGUAUCCGGGACUUCCGAUGUUGAACCGCGAAUGUACUAAGGACUUCAAAGUGCCUGAUUCGGACGUUGUGAUUCGGAAGGGAACUCAGGUGGUGAUCCCAUUGCUUGCGUACGGCAUGGAUGAGAAAUAUUUCCCCGAGCCGGAUCGGUACGAUCCGGAGAGAUUUGAAGAUGCUACGAAAAACUACGACGAAAAGGCAUACUUUCCUUUUGGAGAAGGUCCCCGAAAUUGCAUAGCUUUCCGGAUGGGUGUAAUGGUGUCCAAGAUUGGAUUGGUUUUGCUGCUUUCGAAGUUUAACUUUGAAGCAACGCAGGGCCCAAAGAUGAAGUUCAGUGCAGCUUCGGUUCCGCUUCUGCCCAAGGCUGGAAUACCACUGAAAAUAUCGAAGCGUUGAUUUGUCUAUAAUCGAUUUGAUAGUGCAAUGAGACUGUGAUGGUUCGUAGGCUUAAGCAAAUGUUAAGAUGC